AUGCCGACAUCCGACAAUGACAUCCGGGCCUACGACAAUGCGCUGAAGCGCAUCAAGCACUUCCGCGGGCGGGAGCUCACCCGCCGUCAGGUGCUGAAGGCCUCGGCCGCGACGGCGCUCGGCGCGACACUUGCGUCGCAGUUCGUGCCGCGCGAGGUGCAUGCCGACGUGGGCGGGACCAUCGUCCACUUCGCCUCGUCCGGCAAACGGCUCGCUAAUUCCUUGCGGGCGGUCAAGCCGCUCUUCGACAAGGUGUUUCCGAACGUGACGCUUGAGGUCGUCUCGAAGCCGAUGAGCGAGGCGCUGACCCAGAUCAACACCUACAUGCGGUCCAAGAGCGACGCCUUCGACAUCAUCACCCAGGACCACGCCCAGUUUGCGGCGCUGGACGCGAUGGGCGCGCUCACCGACCUCGGGCCCUAUAUCGAGCCCUUCCCGGACUGGUACGCGGACUAUGAGCAGGAUACCUGGGACCAGGUGAUCGACGCCUGCAAGGAGAUCCACGACCCGGACAACGAGCGCUACGCCUAUUGCGCGGCGAUGCAGCGCAGCUUCUGGGCCGGCUACCAGUACUUUGGCGCACUGCGCGGCAUGGGCGGUGCCGUCUUCGCCGACGAGGAGAACAAGGACUAUACGGUGACGCUGGAGAGCGAGGAGGCCUAUCAGGCCCUGAAGGUGCUGGUCGAGCUCCAGAAAUACGCGCACCCGGUCGCCGCCAACGCCGGCGAGGACGAGGUCAACCGGGUGUUCGCCGCCGGCACUGCGCUCUACAGCCCGCUCACCUGGGGCACGGCGGUGCUCAACGACGCGUCUUACACCGACCUGCACGAGCAUUGGCACAUGGAUCUCUCGCCGCGAGGCACCGGACCCAACGGCGCUCACCGCGCGCUCGCCGGCGGCUUCGGCCAGUUCAUGCCGACCUUCGGCGGCAAUCGGGAGACCGCCUUCGCCUGGAUCAAGUUCCUCAACUCAGGCGAUCGGGAGGAUCUGGACGGCAGCCCCCUCAUCGCGGAUGCGAUCGUGGGUGCCGGCGGCCAGCUCUCGCGGGUCUCGACGCUCAAGCGCUGGUCGGACCGCAAGCCCUUCUUCGUCGGCCUGAUGAAGGCCUAUCCGGUGGCCGACGCGGUCAACGAGGAGCAAAGCAUCGAGGAUGCGAUGAAGGCCAAUAGCAAGCGGGUCCAUCGCAUCAUGGAGGACAGCGGCUACUACGCCUGA